ACAACAACAAACAAAACACGCAAAAUCUGCUCCACGAACCUGCGAUUGCCAGUCCCAGUCGAAACACUCGCAGAAUCACAGCAAAAUUAGAAACUUUCAUUCAGCCCAGCUCAGAUGCUGCAGUCGCAGUGCCGCGGAUCGUUGUGGUGUUCCCGGUUUCGGUUUCCCCAAUACGGUACAUCACCGUUUGUGAAUAUAUAGCACCACGGUUCAAUCAAUCUCGAACGGUAUUUUCAUGCUUCACACGAGUUUGCGUGAUAUUUGUUGUGCAGUUUUAAAAUAAUCACCAACAAAUCUUUAACCCUUAUCCUUUUUUAGGGCAGUGCAAGAGCGAAGGAAAGGGAAAGAAAGUGUUGUUUGCCGAACGUAAAAGUUUUGCGGUGCAGAUAUAACGUGCUUCGAACGAAAAUUCCAAAAAAAAACCGUGAACCAUACGUAGCGAGUGGUACUGCAUUCGUUGGAUGCUGCGCGUGGUAAUGCGGGUGUGUUUUGAUCAUUUUUGAUUGUCAACAAUGGGGUGCUGGUAGUUCAGCAUUUCCAUUCCGUAUUUUCCCAUCCACUUAAAACCAACCUUCCGAAUAGCGCACGGCAACUGCAACGGAAGUGUGGAAGCGUUACGUGAAUACACAAACGCGUGUGCGGAAGAAGAAAAGAAGUGAAAUUAACCUACUUCCACGGUGAGGACGUGUGCGUGCAUCUGACUGAUUGGCAUAUAUGUGGUUCGAUGUCAUCGCAAAAGUAUGCAUACGAAAUUGGGCAACUGUUGAAGAAUCUGAAUGCGUCGUCCUACAACAUACCGCCGACAGCCGAUAGCAGCACCAUGCCUGACCAACAUAACUCCCACACCGUGCUGAGCUGGACAUGUGAAAACGUAAGCGAAUGGGCACGGAAGGAGGGUCUAUCGCGGCGCAUCAUCGAGUGGAUUGCACGGGAAGACGUCGAUGGUCGAUGUCUGCUGGCGAUUACCGAACAGGAUGUGCACGAUCUACCGCAACACUGUGCCUCGCAGCUACGGUUCGGUGAUAUCAAACGGUUCUGGUUUGCCACCAGGCUUCUACAGCGUCAGCAUUUGGCCACCACCGGUUCGGUCGGUUUGGCAGGUCUUUGGACGCCGGACUACAGUAUGAAUGGUAGCGACAUUUCUUCCCCUCCCGGCCACCAUCCGCUUCAUCCGCACAACCAUCAUCACCACCCGGGCGGGGCCAGUUCUCAUGGCGGUAUCGGGACGCCACAUCAUCCUUCCUCAUCCAGCUUACACCACCAUCCACACCACGCCACGCUACUGUCCAGCAUGGGAACAAGCUACGGUUCGGUGGGAUAUAGCUACAGCGACCUGGAACGCAUUUCACCACCAAUGUCCAUCGACGGUUGUGCCACGUGUAUUCAGCCGGAAUUUUUCAAAACGAUGAUAAGUUUAGGUUACGCCUUUCUAGUUACCUGGAUCACCGCAUUCGUCAUGGUGGUGGUACACGAACGUGUGCCGGACAUGAAAAAGUAUCCACCCUUGCCGGACAUCUUCCUCGACAACGUGCCGCACAUACCGUGGGCUUUCCACAUGUGUGAGGUAACCGGCACGAUACUGUUCUGCAUCUGGAUGUGCGUUCUGGUGGUGCACAAGCAUCGCAUGGUGUUGCUGCGCCGCUUCUUUGCCCUGGCCGGGACCGUGUUUCUGCUCCGCUGUGUUACGAUGCUAAUUACGUCGCUGAGUGUGCCGGGAACCCAUCUGGAAUGUACACCGCAUGAUCACAAAUUCGACGAUAGCAACGUGCGUAUAACCGAAAUGAUCUACCUACGAAUCAGUCGUGCCUAUACAAUCUGGAGUGGACUCGGCAUGUCCAUACAGGGUGUCCGUACUUGCGGUGACUACAUGUUCAGUGGGCACACCGUUGCACUGACGUUGCUUAACUUCUUCAUUACCGAAUAUACCCCCCGGAACCUGUACUUCCUGCAUACGCUCACCUGGCUGUUGAACAUGUUUGGAAUAUUUUUCAUACUGGCCGCCCACGAACAUUACUCCAUUGACGUGUUCGUUGCGUUCUACAUAACGUCGCGACUAUUUCUGUACUAUCACACGCUAGCGAACAACCAGGCCCUUAUGUCACACGAUUCCAACCGUACACGCAUAUGGUUUCCGAUGUUUAGCUACUUCGAAAGCUCCGUCGACGGUAUCAUCCCGAACGAGUACGACACGGUGUACGGUGUGCUGUACAAGAUGUUUGCCUGCGUGCUGUACGUCAAGGAUGUAUGUAUGCUCACUGCACGCCGGUUCUGGAUCACCAACAUCGAUGGGCCGGCGGGUAUGCUAAAGACGAAGGUACUACUACAACAUCUGCACCAGAAGCAAGGUCAAUCUCAAGCGGCGACACCGACGAAUCAAGCGUCAACAAAGGAGGAUCUAUUAGCGCCAUCCUCAAACACGGAAGAGCAGGCGGAAGCCACACGGCCACUCAAUGCUCAACAAGGACUGAUUUCGAACAAUCUCGAACACAACGCAACCACUGUGCACAAUCGCACACCGGAGAGAAAACCUGUCAAGUGUAACAAUAUCACUGCGGAGUAUGACGUCGCCAGCCUGAAGCGUAAGUCGUUUGGCCACAUUAAUGCGACCCUUCCAAAAACCGCUAACGAAACGGUACAGUUGAAUAACAAUAACAACAGCAGCAGCAACAACAACAACAAUAACAACAAUCAUCUUCCUCUCGACGGACCAAAGGACAACACCAAGAAGGAACUCUAGUGUGUACUGUGUAACUGUUAGGAUUGGGGCAAAUUGCCGUUUAGAUCGUUCCCCAAAAUGGAAACAUUUUUAACCAACUCUAGAGGCUUUUGAAGCGGAACGAUUCUACACGGCAAAGGCUUCCGUAGUUUACUACAUUUAAUUUAACGCUACUACUACUAUUAAAUUUCGCUAAAGCCACGUUCGUUUGGGGUUACUUAGUACGUAAUGUUACACACCUAUUGUUCUCCGUUAUCUCCGAGAGGGUACAAUUAAGCUGUUGGUUAAAUUUUGGGAAAGGUAACGAGUAGGAGCGUUAGCAGUUGUUAACUGUUUAGGUGGCAGAUGAGGAAACGAAACCAAUUCGGAUUUUCGUACAACGAUCAAAAGCAAAACCACCGUAUAUAUGUAUGUACCUUCGGGUAAUUUGUUGAACGGAAGACAAACUUUGUGAUAUUGUUUUUAAAAGUAAUGCUCUCAGCUAUUGCCGUUUGUUUGCACGUUGUGUUUUGAUCGUUUUGUCUCGCGUUCGCGUUUUAUCCUCCUUAGUUAGUCGGGAUCCUCAUUUCCAAUCGUCGUUCUAUUUAUUGUCAUUCCUCUUCGCAACGGGGCGAGUUGGGUUAAGUGUGGCAGGUUUUAGGAUUGUAAGUGUUGUACUGUAACUUGCGUCCUUCAGUGGUUAAGUUAUAGCGAUUAUGCGAUAGGUGUAAGUUGAAGCACCCCGCCAAAAAAAAACACGAUGAAACAAUACGAAACUCUACCUUGGAAAUACGUUGACAAACACACAUAACUUAAGAACUUCCCACAAGUCCAGCCGUGCGUAGCAUUAUCUCGAGCAUAAACAGUGGGGAAAUAAUACCGGUAAUACUAGUCGAAAAAAGUCUUACAGUGCGAAUUAGGUAUAUAGUAAAAAAAACAAACAACAGAACAGUAUAAUUAUUGCUGCUUUUCUUAGACCCCUUUGGGCAAUGUUAUGAUAAGAACCUAUUCCGUCUCACCUUUCUUCAGCCUCUGCACAACCAAUUGAUUAUCGGUAUUGUGAUCUAUAUGAGGAACGCUCUAUAGGCUUUAGUAAAGAAUAACAAAUACACUACGUUUAACACACUCGAUACAUCCAUAUUUGGAUACAGUGCUGCGAUUGCCAAAAUUCUAGCGAAAAUCUAACACUCAACCAAUGUACUUUUGCAAACGUAAAGCAAAUCACAUUUAUUCGUUCGUUCUUCGCCCUUUUUAAAGAUUUGCUUUCUGUACUAUAGUACGAUUUUCAUAAUUCGUUACAAACAAAUGAAUCAAUAAAAAAACGCACAUACAACUCAACUCAAAAGCAAUAGAAGCUUCUAAUAGCACUUGAAUCAGGAAUAGUGUAGAUUUUUAUAAAUACUCCAUCUUCGUAUCUGGUACGAUGUCUGUGGAUGGGAAGGAAAUUAGCAAGUAGAUUUUGCAACGAACCCGAUUGAAGAGAAAUAUAAAUGCUUCAGAUACUUGAUUGGAUUGAAGAACAUCUCAA